AUGAAGAUAUGGAUACUGUUGUCGCUACUGGUAGCCUACUCGGAAGCCGCCAGAAUCUUGGCCUUCUUCCCGCUGGCGUCUAAAUCGCACCACUAUGUCUUCAGGCCGCUAAUGGCUGCUCUAGGCAGCAAAGGGCACGAGGUGGUCUAUUACACGGGAUAUCCUUAUGAAGGAGCCGUUCCACCUGGAAUCCAACAGGUGGAUAUAUCCGGGGAACUGCCUGAUAUACACUCAACCAUAAACAUAAUGGAUUUUGUCGACACUACUAUCAUCCAGGAUUUGAAAAAUCUUUUUGAACUAUCUGUCUUCUUAGGACCAAUCAUUUUGAAAACUAAGACAGUACAGAAAUUGAUACACUCAGAUGAGAAGUUUGAUGCUGUGUUAUUUGAGACUUAUUUCAUUCAGGAAUACCAAUCUCCUUUCAUACACAAGUUUAAUGCUGUAGGAAUUGACAUAAUUUCCUUAGGUGACUCGGGAUGGAUGAACGAAUUAGCUGGACUGCCAGACAACCCUUCCUAUCAAAUAGACUUUAAGGCAGAGUUAACCCAAAAUAUGAAUUUCUGGCAGAGAGUGUAUAACACAUACGUAUACGCAGUGACAACCAUCGGUGGGUAUCACUACAUGAACCAAAUGGAAAAAAUUGCGAACCAGUACUUCAACUACACUGGACAUGAGAGCAGACCUCCAUUUAUGCAAGUGUUAUCUAACCGAAGUCUUGUCUUGGUAAAUUACAACAAUGUCGUGGGUUACCCAGUUCCAAAGCCACCACACAGGAAAGAUGUUGCUGGUAUUACUAUCACACCUAGGAAACCUCUACCCAAGAGAAUCCAAACAUUCAUGGAUGACGCACUAAACGGUGUUAUUUACCUCUCCCUCGGAUCUAACUUGAAUGUAUCAGACCCUGCAAAUAGAAACCUUGUUGAAGCAUUUAUGAAGGUCUUCGAAGAGAUUCCUCAAAAGGUUCUUAUGAAGUGGGAGGCGGCAACAUACGAGGGAAAGCUACCAAAAAAUGUUCAUUUGGAAAAAUGGUAUCCCCAGCAAGACGUCUUGGCACAUAAUAACACUGUUCUCUUCAUCACCCAUGGUGGUUACCUCAGUCUUGUAGAAGCAGUUCAUUUUGGGGUCCCUGUGAUAGGCAUACCCUUCUUUGGAGACCAGGGAAAGAACUUCCUCUUCGUCGAAGAAGCUGGUAUCGGAAAAAUGCUAAGGCUUAAAGAAAUAAACUAUGAUAAUGUUUCAAGAAUGGUGAAAGAGGUUCUAUCGAAUAAAACGUACAAAGAAAAAAUGACAAGAAGGUCUGAAAUCUUCCGUGACAGGGCUGUGGAACCGAUUGACGAAGCGGUAUUCUGGAUUGAGCACGUCAUCAAGUAUCCAAACGUUCUUCAGCCGAAAUCUACCAGUUUGUCAUUCAUACAGCUACAUCUCAUAGAUGUAAUGUUGUUCAUUAUUUCUGUGUUUUUAGCUGUUGUGAUCAUAGCUUGGAAGUCUAUUAGGAUUUUAUUCAGGAUACUGAAAGGGAAAUCUAUUCCUAGAAAAGUGAAAAGGAACUGA